AUGGGUCUAGCUAGUUUCUUUCGACGCUUCGUACCGAAAUUUUCAGAAAAGGCACGACCAAUUAAUGAACUGACAAAGAAGGAAACAAAGUUCAAAUGGGGACCAGAACAACAGAGUGCAUUUGAACAGAUUAAGUUAGAUUUACUUAGUGAACCAGUACUGCAAUUGUUUGAUGCUACCAGGCCGACUGAGUUACAUACAGAUGCAUCUUGUAACGGACUAGCAGGCAUGCUGUUGCAGAGAGACGAGUCUGGAGAGCUACGUCUAGUGCACUGCUACAGUAAAAAAACCAGUGAGACGGAACGUCGCUACCACUCAAGUAAGCUGGAGCUCAUGGCGAUCGUGUGGGCCCUUGACAGGAUGCGCUCUUGGCUAAUUGGGGUACACGUCAUUAUCAUUACUGAUUGUCAAGCACUUGUCUACAUGAAUAGUCUUAAGUCGACCAACUCUCAGAUAACUCGUUGGUUUGAUCUGAUCCAAGAAUUUGACGUGGAGGUGAGACAUCGUGCCGUUACAGCUAUGUCACAUGUGGACGCUCUCAGUCGAGCCCCUACUGAAGACAGCUCAGAUACAUUGGACGACCUGAUCACUGAACGAUUGGAAGUAUGUGUAGCUGUAACUGAAGAAGAGUAUGUCAAAGGGAUGCAGUACAGUGAUCCAGAACUACGAGAGAUCAUGGAAUCUCUAAAACAGGCGACAGCUAGUAAAAUAACAACCCAAAAUUAUAAAUUAAUUAAUGGUUUAUUGUAUAGAUUGGUGCAGUCAGCAACAGGACCCCGAAAGCUCUGGAUGGUUCCUAAGAGAAUGAGGAAAAGUCUAGUGGUCAAAUUCCACGACCUCAGCGGGCACUUUGCCGUCGAACGCACUGUCUCCAGGAUGAUGGAGCGCUAUUAUUUUCCAAAGAUACCAAAGAAAGAUUAA